ACUACCAAACCACUAACGAACAAUUAAGUAUGGAUCGAGAGGAUCCUAAUAAUUUAAGCUAUGAACCUAUGGAUGUGGAUUUGAGCGCUCAUUCUUCAAGUAUGAUGGAUUUUUCAUAUACCGAGCCUGAUAUUGAUAUAUCGAUCGUUAAAACGGAACCGCCUGAAGUAGACAAUGUUUUCGUUAGCGAAAGUAGUUUUGAUGUUAAUCCAGAAACUAUCAAUAAAUUGGUUCUCAGCAAUAUACAACACCACCGCACGUCAGUUGCCAGAACUAAUAUAACAAAACGUAAACCAAUGCUACUUAUAAGUUUAACUGUGUUAGCUAUAUCAAUUUUAACACAUCAAAUUGCAAACUUUAAUUGCUGUGAAAGCUUAAAUAUAGAAAUUUUAAGACAUAAUUUAACGUCCAAAUUAUACGGACAAACAGGUGCUGUAAAAAGCAUUAUCUAUGCAUUGGAAUCAAAGGAAAACAGAAAAAUGUUAUUAUUCUAUGGAGGCACAGGCGUUGGUAAGACGUUUGCAGCAUCUCUAAUGUUAGAAAAUAUAUUAAAUCACAAAAAUGUAUACCAUCAUACAAUGCCAAGUUUUCUGCAAACAUUCUCAUCAGACUUAAUGCUUGGGUUAUUGUUUUGCAAGUCUGUAAUUUUAGUUGUGGAUGAUUUAACUAGAGAUGAUAUGAUGAAUAUAAAACCUUUGAUCAAAGAAUUGAUGUUAAAGAGUAAGAGGCUAUCUAAAAACAUUACUAUAAUAUUGAUCUACAACUGUGAUAUUGUGAAUGAAGAAUUUUUAAGAAAAUGUGAUCAAUCUUUCUAUUCAGAGUUGAGACGAAGUCUAGAAGACUUAGAUAUUGAGAAAUAUUUUAUCAAAUUUGAAUCAUUGACUCAAGAACAUUUACGGAAUUGUAUUGAAGAUGAACUAGCAGAUAGAAAUAUAAGUGCCAAGAACAUUGACAUCAUUGUGAAAAAAUUUAAUGCCACACUUGACGGAUGCAAAGGAGUGCAUCAAAAAUUGCAGUAUAUGAAAAUUCUAUAAAAUUGAGGUAACUAUGCAAAUAAAUGAAAUAUAAUAAA